GAGAGCAUUUAUUUCUUCUGUUUCCAACAGUCGUUUCGUUAUCCUCUCCGACGAGCCUAAAUGUGGUGCCUACCAAGUGUUCGACCUAAUGUCUCGGAGAUGUUCAAGUGCUCUUCUCUCCGCCGCUUUCAUUCUCCGGUACUCAAGCAACCCACUGCCGCUAGAUUCUCCACCAAUUCCUCAUCUCCUUAUCUUCCUCCUUUAUUCAGCGUCGCACCGAUGAUGGAGUGGACGGAUAAUCAUUACAGGACGCUUGCUCGCAUCAUAACAAAGCACGCUUGGCUUUACACUGAGAUGAUUGCUGCUCAAACUCUUGUUCACCAGCAAACCAAUUUGGACAGGUUCUUGGCGUUUCCUCCGCAGCAACAUCCUAUUGUUCUUCAGCUCGGUGGGAGCAAUGUGGAAAGCCUUGCAAAAGCUGCUAAGCUUUCUCAUGCUUAUGGAUACGACGAAAUCAAUCUCAACUGUGGGUGUCCUAGUCCUAAGGUAGCUGGACAUGGAUGCUUUGGUGUUAGCCUCAUGCUCAACCCCAAGCUUGUUGGAGAGGCAAUGUCUGCCAUUGCUGAUAAUACCAACGUCCCUGUCACUGUGAAAUGUCGAAUUGGUGUAGACGAUCAUGAUUCCUAUGAUGAGCUCUGUGACUUUGUUUACAAGGUUUCUACUCUGUCACCAACCAGACAUUUCAUUGUACAUUCACGCAAGGCAUUGCUUGGUGGAAUAAGCCCUGCUGAUAACCGGAGAAUCCCUCCUCUAAAGUACGAGUACUACUAUGCCCUUGUGCGUGACUUCCCGGACUUAAAAUUCACAAUUAAUGGAGGCAUUACUUCUGUAUCGAAGGUAAACGCUGCACUGAAGGAAGGAGCUCAUGGAGUCAUGGUAGGCCGCGCUGCAUACAACAACCCCUGGCAGACUUUAGGACUUGUUGACACUGCAGUUUAUGGUGUUCCAAGUAGUGGCCUUACACGCAGACAGGUUCUUGAGCAAUAUCAAGUAUACGCAGAUUCUGUCUUAGGAACACAAGGAAAUGGGAGGCCUAAUGUGAGGGAUUUGGUGAAGCCUCUGCUAAACAUCUUCCACUCAGAGAAUGGAAAUAGCUUGUGGAAGCGAAGAGCAGACGCUGCUUUCAAAGAAUGCAAGACGGUUGGAUCGUUGCUGGAGGAAAGCUUGAAGGCGAUCCCGGACUCUGUCUUGGAUUUCCCUAUUUCCGAAAGUCCAGAGAGUGGAGAAGAUAAUGUGUUUGCUGAUGUGCACAAUGUAUUGCCGCCUCCUUACAAAGCUGUAGAACGAGUCAUGUUAUGUGCUUAGUUGGGAACAAAGAGCCUAACGUAUUUUUGAAUCUAUUGUCUCUCUCAACUUGAGCAUUAUCUGUAUGUUUUAGAACAUAAUAUGUUAUACAAUACUUGUUAAUCA